AUGGCAGUUUCCCCAAACUCCUGCCUCCCCAGAUGUCUGCUCACCCUCCUUCUCCUCCAGUUCCCCAAGCUGGAUUCAGCUCACUUUGAUGUGAUUGGGCCCCAGGAGCCCAUCCUGGCUCUGGUGGGUGAUGAUGUCGAGCUGCCUUGUCACCUCUCCCCAAACGUGAGUGCUGAACACAUGGAGCUGCGGUGGUUCCGGAAGAAGGUUUCGCCAGCCGUGCUGGUGCACCGGGAUGGUGUGGAGCAGGAAGGAGAGCAGAUGCCGGAGUACCGAGGGAGAGCCACACUGGUGAACGACAACAUCACUGCGGGGCGCGUGGCUGUGAGGAUCCACGGUGUCAGGGCUUCUGAUGAUGGGGAAUACCGGUGCUUUUUCAGAGAGGAUGAAAGCUACGAAGAGGCCAAGGUGCAGCUGAAGGUGGCUGCUCUAGGCUCUGAUCCUCACAUCCAUAUGGAAGUUCAAGACAGAGGUGAGAUCUGGUUGGAGUGUUCUUCAUUUGGAUGGUACCCAGAGCCCCAGGUGCAGUGGAGAACUCCCAAAGGAGAGAAAUUUCCAUCCACAUCAGAGUCCAGCAAUCCUGAUGAGGAAGGCCUGUUCACUGUGGCAGCUUCACUGAUUAUCGGAGACAACUCCGUGGGGAAUGUGUCCUGCUGCAUCCAAAACCUUCUUCUUGGCCAGGAGAAGGAAGUAGGAAUUUCCAUACCAGCUCCCAUCUUUCCAAGACUGACUCCCUGGAUGGUGGCUGUGGCUGUUAUUGUGAUAGUCUUAGGACUUCUCACCACUGGGUCCAUAUUUUUCACUUGGAGACUAUACAGGGAAAGAUUCAGAGAGAGGAAGAAUGAAUUCAGCCCUAAAGAGAAACUCCUGGAAGAGCUCGAAUGGAAAAAGGCUACACUGCAUGCAGUUGAUGUGACUCUGGACCCAGACACGGCCCAUCCCCAUCUCUUUCUGUAUGAGGAUUCAAAAUCUGUCCGACUGGAAGAUUCACGACAGAAACUGCCUGAAAAACCAGAGAGAUUUGACUCUUGGCCCUGUGUGUUGGGUCGUGAGACCUUCACCUCAGGAAGACAUUAUUGGGAGGUGGAGGUGGGAGACAGGACCGACUGGGCGAUCGGAGUGUGUAGGGAGAAUGUGCUGAAGAAAGGAUUUGACCCCAUGACUCCUGAGAAUGGGUUCUGGGCUGUGGAGUUGUAUGGAAAUGGGUAUUGGGCACUCACCCCACUCCGGACCCCUCUUCCAUUGGCAGGAGCCCCCCACCGUGUUGGGAUUUUCCUGGACUAUGAAUCAGGAGACAUCUCCUUCUACAAUAUGUCUGAUGGAUCCCUUAUCUAUACUUUCCCCAAGGUCUCUUUCUCUGGCCCCCUCCGGCCCUUCUUCUGCCUAUGGUCCUGUGGUAAGAAGCCCCUGACCAUUUGCCCAAUCACUUAUGGGCUUGAGGGGGUCACAGUAGUUGCUGAUGCCCUGGACCUUUCUAAGGAGAUCCCAAUGUCCCCCAUUGUGGAAGACUCUGCAUCCAGGGAUACAGACACCCUCCGUUCUAAACUGAUCCCUACCCAACCCGGCCAAGGGGCACCUUAA